AUGGCACCAUCGAGAGGUCUGCAGCUGCUGUCUGGCCCCAAGAGCUUCCAUAAAUAUCGGAGUACUUCACACUGCGCUCUCCAAACCGCAGCCGCAAUAACGUUGCGAUGGCCGGUCAACGCGCGUCGAACGUAUUCGUCAUUCACAGAGAACCUUUCGAAUCCCGCGAACAAGCUGCAAAGCUAUGUCUCUCGCAGUAGCGACCCGUAUUUGAACCUCAGCAUCGAAGACCACAUCCUGCGCAAGUCUCCGCCAGAUAGCACGAUCCUCUUUCUUUAUGUGAAUCGACCGUGUGUCGUGAUUGGGCGCAACCAGAACCCAUGGACCGAGGUCAAUCUGAGCAUACUCAACGCUGCGACAGGCACGGAACAUCUGGAAGAGACAGAGCCACCUGGAAUAGGCGCUGUGGACAUUGUGCGUCGCCGAUCAGGCGGAGGUACUGUCUUCCAUGACGAAGGCAACCUCAAUUGGAGUAUAACAUGCCCGCGCAACGAGUUCACCAGGGACAAACAUGCUGAGAUGGUCGUCCGCGCAUUGCGUAAACUGGGCAUUGAUCGAGCCAGGGUCAAUGAGCGACACGACAUUGUGCUCGACCAGGGACACGAAAAGCGUCCGUCUGACCCUGAAGACACACAUCGAACCCCGUAUACAAUCGAGGGAGGCAUCCCAAAGCCACUGAAAGUUUCUGGUUCGGCAUACAAGCUCACGCGACAGAGAGCGCUGCAUCAUGCGACGACUCUCCUAGAGUCGCCGAAUUUGCACAUCAUCUCGCAGUAUUUGCGCUCCCCAGCAAAGCGCAACAUCGAAGCCAAAGGCGUCGAGAGCGUUAGCUCACCAGUCUCGAACAUUGGUCUGGACCUGAGAGCGUACCAGCAGCGCCUCCAAGAGGUCUUCGCGGCCAUGUACGCGAAUAUUGGCAAGAUCAACAUCGUCGAAACCGUCGGUGAUGAAUACCUUAACAUCCCUGACAUCAAAAAAGGAUACGAUGAACUUCGAACGCAAGACUGGAUGUGGGCACAGACGCCGCAGUUCGAUGCAAAGCUUGACUUUGUUGACGGGCCUGGUGUUACCAUGAACGUACAUCAUGGCGUCAUCAAGACCUUCGAUGUUGAAGCCGAAGCUAUGGAUGAAACACAUGAGGACAUUCGUUCGGUCCUUGUUGGCAAGAAGCUGCAAGACGUAACUGACUGGACGAUGUUGCUCCAAUCAAGCGUCGAGCCCUUCAAUGAUCGAUGUGCUGCCGUCGCAAAGCGGCUUGAAGAGCUACUACCGAUUCCCAAGUUUCCUAGAUCUUGA